AUGGCGUCGUGCCCGGAGUUGUGCGGCUCAGAGUACGGUGACGGAGGGCCGCAGCGCUAUGGCGUUCGCUCCUAUCUGCACCAGUUCUACGAGGACUGCACCUCCUCCAUCUGGGAGCGCCACCGCGAUGAGUUGCAGACACAGAGAUUGGCCAGCAGGUGGAGCUCCGUCCUCUGGAAGGUGUGUGUGGCGGUCGGAGCGGUGAUCUUGAUCUCGGGUCUGUCGGUGCUGCUCGUCGGUUAUGCCACGCCCCCACGCCUGGAGGCAUUUGGACAGGAUGAGUUGCUGUUCGUGGACGGCCGAGCCAUGCGCUUUAACCGCGCCCUGGAUGCUUGCAAACUGGGCGGAGCCGUGCUCUUCUGUGUGGGCGGAGCCGGCAUGGCAGCCGGCCUCCUCUUGUUAGCAGCCUGCGGGCAGGGCGGAGCCAAAGACGAGCUCCACCUCCAGCGACGCUUCAAAGAGCGACUUGCAGAGAUCCAGGCGUCUGUUCCGAACCCCGGGGACGCCAAAGUUCCCGUCACGCUGUCCAAAGUCCAGAACGUCCAGCCUGGCACUGAACCCUGA